UCAAAAAUGGUCUGAGAUUGUCUUUUCGCUGUAGUGUUUGAUAAAUUUACGUAAAAAUAAAUCUUAAUAAUUUUUUUCUUCUAACGUGACAUCAGCCACAGUGACGUUGAAAUAUCUUGGUGAUCAGUGAUUUUACGAUUUAGUCUUGAGUGUUAAAAUGACCUCUGUAGUUUGAUGUCAUCUCAUCGAAGUUUUGCUUUAAGCGAGAAAAUAAUGCGCGCGCGCAGAUAAUCGCAAGUGCACAAUAAUAUCAAAUAUUGAAUAAAAAUGGCUUCAGUGUGGAAGCGGCUGCAGCGCGUCAACAAACGCGCCGCUAAGUUUCAGUACACAGCCUCCUACCACCGCAUUGACGUCGAACUUACGCCGAAAUGGAAGCCGAAUAAAUUAAGUAUAGUAUGGACUCGUCGGUCGAGGCGCGUGAUCACCGAGCCGCUAGAAUGGGAACCGUCUCUUAAGGAUCCUUUGAAAGGUUCAGUAAUAUUCACAGUUCCAGAGAAUCAAACGGUGGCCGUGACGUUGUUCCGGGACUCGCGCACCAACGAGCUGGAGGACAAGGACUGGACCUUCGUUCUCGAGGAUGUGUCGGCGACGGGCAAGCGGCGGCGGCUGGCGGCGAGCGCGCUCAACCUGCGGCGCCACGCGUCGCUGGAGCCGGCGCAGCGCGCGCUGCGGGUCGCGCUGGAGCCCGCGUCCCGCAAGCUGCGCGCCGCGCGCCUGCACCUCACGCUGCACUGCGUGCUGCUGCGCGAGGGGCAGGCCACGGACGAGGACAUGCAGUCGCUCGCCUCCCUGCUGUCGGUGAACAACAAUUCCGACAUCGCCGUGCUGGAGGAUUUGGACGAGGACGAUUACACCCUCUCGGACAACUCGACGCGACAGAUGUUAGAUCUCCGUCAGCAGAUGGAGGAAAUGACGCAGAGUCUCACUAAUAGUGAUAUAGCGGCCACUCCCAACAGCGUUCAGAGUCUCAACUUCGAUAACUCUCGUACUCCGACGGCUCCGAUCACCCCCGAGUCGACCACCCCCCCGACUCCGGUGCCACCGAGGGAGGUUGAAUUAGAUUUAAAAAUAAAUGAAGUAUCGAAUGUACCGAAAUCGAGACCGGAGUAUCUCAGCAACCUAACUAAAUUAGCUAUGAAAAGUGACCCGCCGAAACAUACUUCGACACCGAAAAUAAUUCAAGAAAAAAACACUGAGGAUAUCAAAGUAGAUAAUUUGAAGGGUGUCGUGUUCAAACCCAAGACGGUCGCGAAAAGGAACCUUAAGCCGUUGGAGUUAAAGACGAAUUUGAACAACAUAAAUUUGGACACGAAUUACAAUGAGAAAGAGGAAGAUAGUGACAAGACUCCGGUAGCGGAAGUCGAUAAGCUGUUCCCUUUGAAGGUUCUGGAAAAAGAUAAAACUCCAAAGUUAAACGGCAAAUCUGUCCAGGUCCAAGAUCUCCUAGAGUGGUGCAGCGGCGUGACGCGCGAGUACCGGUCGUGUCGCGUCACCAACCUCACCACCAGCUUCCGCUCCGGACUGGCCUUCUGCGCCAUCAUCCACCACUUCCGGCCCGACCUCAUAGACUUCUCGGGGCUGCAGGCGGAGCAGGCGGAGAGCAACGUGCGCACGGCGCUGGACGCCAGCGCGCGCCUCGGCAUCGCGCAGGUGCUGACGGCGCCCGACGUGUGCCGGCCCCCCGCGCCCGACCGGCUGGCGAUAAUGACGUAUCUGUUCCAACUACGAGCGUACUUCACGGGGAACGAGCUGCAGGUGGAGCAACUCGGUAACGACGAGACGGAGUCGUCGUACCUGGUGGGGCGGCACGACACGGACGCGUCGCUCCCCCCGGAGCUGUUCAGCCGCGAGGUCAGCACCCGGCGCUCCCGGAACCUGACGGACCGGCCCCGGCCCGUGUCCCAAGGGUCGCAGGAGUCGCCUGACAAGUCUCCUGCCAUCAAGGAGGUGCGCGACAUGCUGCUGCAGUCCAAGAACCUGCUGGGAAAGAUGCUGUCGCCGGCCAGGCCCACGGCCAGGUGGUUCACAGAGCCGAUCCCGGCCCGACCUGAAAAGUUGAUGACACGCAAGGAGCUGACGGAUCCGUUCGGCUCCGAUGACGAAGAGGAGUCGCCUCCGGCCAACAUGAAUGGCGCUACUGAUAUUGGCAACGGUGGCCUCGUCAAUCAAGAACAGAAACCGCAAAUCGAACCCGUCACAACUGACCCGCUGACCACCCCACCAUCGGAGACGACCGUUGUCAACGGUGGUACCACCGACGCGCAGAAGGCCGUGGAGCUUCCCAAACCGACUCCGCAGCUGCUGUCGCGGCACGACGAGCUGAAGGAGCGAGCGAGACAGCUGCUGGAGGCCACGCGGCGCGAGGCGUGCGAGCGGGACGCACCGCUCAGCCCCAGCAAGUCGGAGGAGGAGCGGCAGGCCACGCUGCGCGAGCGCGCUCGGAGACUCAUCGCUGACGCGCGCGCCGGACUCGUCAGCCCGUCGUCCCCGCUGUCGCCGUCGCGCGCGCGCGGCACGCUGGAGAUCAUCAGCAAGCAGUCCGUGCUGGACGAGCUGGCCGCCGCCGGUGUGGAACAAUUGGAGGGUUUGGCUUCGAGACCGGAGUCGCUGCAUUCGAGUCCCGGCUCCAGGAAGAGCGCACCCAGUCCCGAUAGAUCGGAGCGCGCGAGCUGCGAGAGUCGCUCGCCGUGCGCGUCGCCGCUGGCCGAGCGGUUGUCGCCCGACGUCGACGCCGACGCCGAACACACGCAGUCGGAGUCGGGCUCGUACCUGUGCGGCGAGCUGGCGGCGCUGGAGCGCGAGCAGUGCGCGGUGGACGAGCGCGCCGCGGCGCUCGAGAAGCAGCUGCGCCGCGUCAUGGACGCCGCCGACGACACCGAGGAGGAGGAUCGGUUGAUGUCUCAGUGGUUCAACCUCGUCAACAAGAAGAAUGCGCUGCUGAGGCGGCAGAUGCAGCUUAACAUACUCGAGCAAGAAGAAGACCUGAGCCGUCGAUGCGAGCUGCUGGCGAGGGAGCUGCGACUGUCGCUGGGGGUGGAGGAGUGGAGGAAGACGCCCGGCCAGAAGAGGCGGGAGCGACUACUGCUGCAGGAACUGCUGUCAGCGGUCAACGAAAGAGAUAGACUCGUUCAAGAAAUGGACGAACAGGAGAAAGCGAUAGCGGAAGAUGACGAAAUCCAGCGUAACUUAUCAAACGUCGAGAUACAAAGAAAAAACAACUGUAUGCUGCAGUGAAUAAGGACUGAUAUACUUCACAACGCUUACUUAACACAGCUUGGACAUUACAGAAACUCUAAAAAACUAAAACGUCAUGAAACAUCGGCUGAUGGUCCAUUAGGUCUUAAAACUAUAUUUUCAUAUCAUUCUAUAUGUUCCGUCUCCCUCGCACACCUAGUAAAGAGCGAGACGGCAUGUGUUUUUUUUAAUAAUUGCGACUUUUAAUAUAACAUAACGGCCUUACUGUUGUAAGACAGAAAAUACUCAUAAUAUUGUUUCCUAUAAUAAUAUUUAAAUAUUUAAGAGUUAGAAAUACGGAAUAACUUCGUUCUAACAUGGUCCUUAUCCUAUACGACAUAUAGUUGAAAUUUGAAUACGGUGUAACGUUGGCCUCUAGUACAAGUAAUGUUGGGUCUACACGGUGGAGAUAAAUUAAAAAAUAAGAAUCGAAUAAAAUGUUUUUAUUUUAAUUUAAAUUAAUUUAUUGUCCGGUUUGAAGUUAUGAGGCUAGAAACGAAAAUGUUUUAAGGAAAUGUGAUAUUAACAUUUUUUUUAAUAAAAAAAAAAUGUUUGAAAGUAUUACUACUAAUGUCACGUAGAUCCAACUGACGCGAGCUUUUUUAGUAUUUUUUUGUUAUUCACCAAAGAUUCCCCAUAAAUUGACCCUUCAUGUCAAUUUCUAUUAUUUAACAUUUUAUUACAUUAUAGUUAUAUAUUAAAAAUUAAUUAUUAAAUACAAUAGUAGAUUUAUCAAAAUCUUUUUAAUUUGCUUGACCAAUCUUGAUUGAACUUUUUUUCAUAUGAGAGAAACAACAAAUUGAAUUUUCAAUUCGUUAUUGAAUGCAAAUUUUGAUUUUGAUUAAAUUAAAACAAUUAAAUUGAAUUAAUUAAACAAAACAUACAUAACUUUGGAUAGCGAUUAUGUUUAUAAUGGUCAUCGGUGGAUUAAUAUUUUUUUUUACACAUAAUAGGCAAGCUCUUGACCGUUGACUUGCCUGAUUUUAAGCAUAGUCACGGUCUAGGAUGUAGCGCGCCUGCCCAGUAAACCGAAUCGCUUCCUCCCCUAAGGCUAAGUACACAGUUCCGACAGUGUCGCGGCAGAUUCGUGCAGCCGUUGUCUUGUUUUCGCCAUUUUGUCUUGUUUUCGCCAUUUUGUCUUGUUUUCGCCAUUUUGUCUUUAUGAGUCGAAGUUAACACGAGAAGAAUAUAUUUUACAGUUGUUUUUAAAAAUCAAAUUUAUUUUAAUUUAUUCGAUAAUAAUCAAUAUACUUAUUGUAAUUCAGUCGUAGGCCGAAGAUUAUACAAAGUGUGCAAUUGGCUGCUCAAAAAUAUUAUUGGAUUAACAUGAUUUUUUUUGUUUCUGUUUUUCUUCCUCGCAUAUUUUACAUUUAGUAAAACAAUACAAGCGAGCUAUGAAAUGCAUAUUGGAAUUGAAAAUAUGGCCGACAGUAUCGUGUCGCGAACAGUCGAUUUCUACCGCGACUCUGUCAGUACUGUGCACUUAGUGUGUACUUAGCCUAAAUGUAAAACCGGUCUUUGCUAUGAGAUAUCUUAAAUAAUAGAAUUUGAAUCUUACAAUCGACUCCAUAAAGGUGAUAAUCGAGUACAAUGCCAUAGAUUAAUUUUUUUUUAUGUACAAAAAAAUAUUUUUUUACUUAGAUUAUAAAUGGAGCGAAAUUUCCUUUUAAUGAAAUGUAAAUAAAUAGUCAUGUUUUAGGUUUUAAUUUUAAUUAUUUAUGUCUUUUAGGUUAAACUCUUGCCGGCAAACGUGACGUAUUGUAUCUUCAUUUUACACACAUUUAUUUGUUUAGUAAAAAUUUUUAAAUUAUUAACGUGUUACAUACAAAAUUAAAUUACAAUUUUCUUACUGAUUUAAUUAGAGCGUUCUUGAAAAUUACUUAAGUGAAAUAAAUAAUGGAAUCUACAAUUCGACUUAAUGUUUUAAUAACUUGACUCCUAAAGCUUAAGUUGCAUUAAAUUUAAGUAAGUAAAAUUUACAAGCCAUAAACACCCCCCAGAGAGCAAAACUCGUCUAUGGUAAUUUUAGAUUUUUUUUUAAUUCAUAUGAUUAGCUCGCGUGCUGAGUGGUCGGUACGUAAAUGAUGUGCAAUUUGUUUUUUUUUUUUUGUGUGUAAUUAUUAAGUACAAGAUUUGACUGUCGCGGCGUUUGAAAAAAUAAUAAUGAAAUUGCCAAUGACAUAGUAUACUAUAUUUUGUAAUUCUGUUUUUUUUUCAGAAAUUAUCAGCGACGGAAUAUUUUUUAAUCUAUGGUUUAAAAAAUAUAUAAUGGAUUGGAUACUUACUGUAUAUACAUACUUAGAAUUAGUUUUAGCGUGUUCUUACUAUUGUGUACGUCGGACUAGAUAUAUAUUUUAUUUGUUUUUAAUUAGUACCCAUUAUAUUUAAUUUUUUUUAAUGUGUUAGAAGACGACAAACAAAUCAACAACAAAUAUUGUUGUGAUAGCACACAUGACAUUGUUGAUGUUACGUAGAUAUACGUAACAUUAUAUAAUUUUUUUUUUUAAUAUAUUAAUAUGUAAGAACCCUUCGAUAUACAAUAUACAAAUGUUAUGUCAUAAGUUUGGCUUAAACAUAUCUUUACUAGUAUUUAAUAGCUCGCUUAAAAUAAUUCAUGAUUUUUUAAAUAUUUUUUACAUAAAAAAAUUGUAUAAUUAUAUAAAUACCUAUGCGAGGUAUAUAGGAUCUCAUUUCAAAAUUUCCAUAAAUAAUGAAACUAAAAAAAUACUAACUUCGAACGAUAAAAGUAAUGUAAAAUUUAUUUGUAAACUUAUAAAUUGUGUAAAAUUAAUAAGUAACGUAAUAUUCUGAAUUUUUUAAUGUUUAGACUUCACGCAAUGAUUUAUUUGUAAAUCGAACUAGUAUAAGCGAUGUCCGUUUGAAUAUAUUGUUUUGUAGUUUGUAAUUCCGAUAAUACUUAUAAAUGGUGCAGAGGUUUCAAUACUCGAAAUUGAAAGGAAUAUGUGAUAAAUUGUUUUUUUUUUUAAAUGAUGAUAGAUUUGUUAAAAAAAUGUAUUGUUGACUCAUACAUUGUAUAUGUUCCGAAACGCUGGUCAAAGUCCCAUUCUCUAAUGUGAAUUAAAUCUGAAUACUCAUUGGUCGGUAGCAACCGAUGACGCGAUACGCGACCAAUGACCGUUCAGUAUUUAGUUAAUCUGACGUUGAUUAUUUAAAAAAUGGCGGUAAUGCUUUGAAUUGGAGUAUUGGAGUUUCGACCUGCUUGUAGACUCACGGUAGAACUCAAUAAUCAACGGUUUGUAUUCACUCUGUAUCCUAUCGCUAUUUAUUGUAACUAUAACAUCUAUAAUAAAAUAAAGUGACAUUGUAAAAUA